GCUAACUGACAGCUGCAUCUUCCAAUUGUCAACAUUUAGCCCGGAGCUCUCACACUGCACUGAGUUUGCCCUGUAGACACACAACUUGCUCACAGGCAGUGUAGCUGCAGGAAGGAAACACAGCUCAAGAAGAGAUAAAGAGAUGAAACCAGUUAUUGUUGUCCAUGGAGGUGCUGGUACAAUUGUCAAGGAAUAUGAAGAUCAAUAUCGUUCUGGAGUGAAUCGGGCCGCAUUAAAAGGUUAUAAUGUCCUGAAGCAAGGAGGAAGUGCACUGACUGCAGUAGAGGAAGCCGUCGUAGUGAUGGAAGAUGAUACACUUUUCAAUGCAGGGUGUGGGUCUGUCUUAAAUGAAGAAGGAGAGGUUGAAAUGGAUGCCAUUAUAAUGGAUGGAAAGAAUUUAGCCUCUGGUGCAGUUUCUGCUGUUAGAUGUAUUGCAAACCCCAUAAAACUUGCCCGCCUUGUUAUGGAAAAGACUGAUCAUAUGCUUCUUACAAGUAAAGGAGCCUCCCUUUUUGCAAAGUCUCAAGGUAUUCAAGAGGUACCUGGUGAAACACUAAUAUCUGAGCGGUCCAGGGAGAGAUGGAAGACAAACCUGAAGCCAGGUUCCAAUCCAGUAGUAUCUCAAAUAGGUUUGGGAACAGUUGGAGCGGUUGCUAUUGAUUCUGAAGGCAAUGUUGCAUGUGCAACCUCUACAGGUGGACUCACCAAUAAAAUGGUUGGACGUGUUGGUGAUACAGCCUGUAUAGGUAGUGGAGGUUAUGCAGACAAUAUUGUUGGUGCAGUGUCUACUACAGGGCAUGGAGAAAGUAUCAUGAAGAUGGUUCUAGCAAAACAAGUCCUCCAUUAUAUGGAGCAAGGCAUGACUGCUGAAGAAGCUGCAGAGGCCGGUCUAAACACCAUGAAGACCAGGGUAGAUGGCUUCGGAGGAGUUAUAGUCGUAAGCCGGUCAGGUGACUGGGCAGCAAAAUUCUCCACAAAGCAAAUGACCUGGGCUGUUGUGAAGGCUGAUGUGUUGCAGUUUGGCAUUUAUCACAAUGAAAAUCAGACUGUAGCUGUUAAUGAAGCACUGUACAUUUAAACAGCACAAAUGCUGUAUCAUUUUAUUUCUUUACUAAAGUAAUCAGACAUAAUUCAGAUUGCCAUAUGUGAAUGGCUGUGAGAGGGAUCAGUCAACAUUAUAAAGUUUCCUAAUUCUAAUUCUGCUUAGUAAGUAUGAUAACCUCUGAAAUGUGUUGAAUAAAAAUAGGUAUUGAUCAGA